AUGACUUCCCCUGUGUAUACCUUCACCGUCCCCGCAUUCAUCAAGGGCCUGACUGCCCUGACUCAAAUCCUAAAAGAGGCAGAGUCCCACGCCACCAAGAACAACAUCCCACUGGCUGACUUCGUCAACGCCCGUCUCUACGAUGACAUGAAGCCUCUCUCUUACCAAGUCCAGGUCGCCACUGAUCUGGCCUUGAAAGGCGUCGCGCGUCCCACGCACACAGAUCCCGUGGACCGUCCACACUCAGAAACCACGUUCGAGGAGCUGUAUGCACGCAUCGACAAAACGCUGGAGAUCCUCAACGCAGUCGACCCAGCGGCCUACACGGGCAAGGAGAAGACCCCGUUCAAGGCGCCAUUUGGUCCGACCGAGGUCGAGUUCACGGCGGAAACGUAUGCGGCGAAUUUCGCCCUGCCGAACUUCUAUUUUCACUUGACUACAGCGUAUGCCAUUUUUCGAGCAAAGGGGGUCCCGUUGGGUAAAUUGGUCUAUUUGAAACCGUUUCUCUCAUAG